UAGAACUGGAAAUCAAGUUGCAACAAAAGAUCCGCCUGAGGAACACCCAUUUUUCAGCUUAUUUACUCCUCGAUAAGCUUAAAAACCCAGCCAGUGAAGUAACACUAUUGCAGAGGCUUCUGCAUCAUGGUAUUCAUGAUGGAGGAAACACCAGGGUUCUCCCAGCUCACACUGAUUUGUUCUGGGUUCUGUCUUGUUUAUGUCCUGCUUAAAAUCAUCCAGCUGUAUUACAAGAGACAAAAGCAGCUGAAAGCUUAUAAGAAUUUCCCAGGCCCUCCUUCUCACUGGCUGUACGGAAACAUCCAUCAGAUACCCAGCCACAGAGAAGAACUAACGUUGAUGUUGGAGUGGGCUGAAACAUAUUCUUAUGCUUUUCCCAGAUGGUUUGGGGGGUUUAUUUCUUCUAUAGUUGUCACUGGCCCAGAGUAUGCCAAAACUGUGUUUGCCAGAGGAGAUCCAAAGCCUGAAUUCAUCUAUGAACCUUUGAUUCCUUGGAUUGGAAAAGGACUGCUUAUCUUAAAUGGCUCAAAGUGGCAUCAGCACAGACGGUUGUUAACACCAGCUUUUCACUAUAAUAUUUUGAAACCCUAUGUGGCAUUAAUUGCAGAUUCAACCAAAAUUAUGCUGGAUAAAUGGGAGAAGCUGAUUGCAAAGGAGCCCAUGAAGUCUUUGGAGAUGUUUGACCAUGUUAGUUUAAUGACUCUUGACAGCAUCAUGAAAUGUGCAUUCAGUUACCAGAGCAACUGCCAGACUGACAGAGACCUGGAUUAUUAUGUCCAUGCUGUGUCUGACUUAAAUCUUCUACUGUUUUCGAGAAUCACCUCUACGAUUCUUCAGAGUGAUUUCCUAUAUUCAUGUACCCCAUCAGGACAGCAAUUUAAAAAGGCCUGUAGACUGGCACAUCAUCAUACAGAAAAAGUAAUUGAAGAGAGAAAGAAAUCACUACAGAAUGAAAGAGAGCUGGAAAAGAUCCAGAAGAAGCAAUAUUUGGAUUUUUUAGACAUUCUUCUUUGUACCAAAUAUGAAAAUGGAACUGGACUAUCUGAUGAAGACCUUCGUGCCGAAGUGGACACUUUCAUGUUUGCAGGGCAUGACACAACAGCCAGUGCUCUCUCUUGGAUACUAUAUGCCAUGGCCAAGCAUCCAGAACACCAGCAGAAAUGCAGAGAAGAAAUCAAGGAAAUCCUGGGGGAUCGGGAGGACAUUCAGUGGGAUGAUCUUGGUAAGAUGACUUAUACCACAAUGUGCAUAAAAGAGAGUCUCCGUAUAUACUCUCCAGUUCCAACGGUGUCUCGAAAACUCAGCAAACCUAUUACUUUCUUUGAUGGACGCACUUUGCCUGAAGGUAUUAUAGUUACAGUUCACAUUUACUCUCUUCAUAAAAACUCCAGAAUAUGGCAAGAUCCUUUUGAGUUUGAUCCUAUGAGGUUUUCAGCAGAGAACUUCAAAAGGCAUUCUCAUGCAUUUAUUCCUUUUGCAGCUGGAUCAAGGAAUUGCAUUGGACAGCAAUUUGCCAUGAAUGAACUAAAAGUAGCACUUGCUCUGACGCUGCUUCGCUUUGAAAUAAUGCCAGACCCAGAAAAAACUCCUAUUCCAAUCCCUCAGGUGGUCCUUAAAUCUGAAAAUGGAAUAUACCUCAUUUUAAAGAAGCUCAGCUCAUCCUGAAAAAUUAUUGCAGCAGUUGGUACCAAGAAGGCUGUAAGAUGAAGAUGGGGCAUUAGAGAUUAUACAAAAACAUCAGGAGGACUCUAAUGCAUACUGCAGCUUAUCUAGCAUGAUAAAUCCCUUCUACUUCACUGAUACUAAAAAACCUUUCUGUUUUAUUUUUUUUAACCUUAAUUACUUGUAAAUUCUCAAAAACUCAUCCUUCAUUAUUUGUCAGGUGAAUGUAUCAUAACCUAACUUUCAUGGAAUCAUGGAUUUCUCUAUCUCAGAAUAUAAAAUAUUGCCUGGAAAACUCACGCCUUAAUAUUUUCAUACACUAAUUGUGCAACAGCCUUUAAUCUCUAAUUGUUCCACGCCUCCGAUUUCCCCAUGCAUUCAGAUGACUGCGCUUUUUCCCUCCCAUUGCUGUACCAAGUGCAAAUGAGAAGGUGAGGGUUAUUUUAAAGAGCACCAUUGUGCCUUGCAAUAUUUUUUGUUUCAUUUCUUUCUAUAAUUUUGUCUCAGCACAAAGUAUAGUUGUUGAACAUAAAAGAGUAACACACAGCAGUGAAAGUAACCAUCUACAGCAAUAUAGCAACAGAACAAAACAAACUGAAUAUUUAUCAUAAUAAUAAAUCACAAAAUAUAAAGAUCUGCAAAUGGAAGUAGAAUGACUAUGGCAAAAGAAAGCAAAGAUAGUACCAAUAUUUACAGGUGCCUUAGGUGCGAUCGCAAAACAUCUGGCACACCACUUGAACACCAU